AUGUUUUUAGUUUUAACGAUUUUAUUAACGUUUAUUUCAAAAUCAGUGACUUGUGAGGAACGUAAUCCAUACUUAGAAGCUUUAAGUCAUAAACCAUGGAAAAGUAUUCAAAGCUAUAUCGAGGUUCGUCCCGGAGCCUUUCUUUUCUACUGGUUUUAUUACGCUGAUGGUUCUGUGAAAGGAGCUAGGGAGAAGCCUCUUAUAAUAUGGAUACAAGGCGGUCCAGGUUUAGCGGCCAGUGGGAUAGCAAAUUUUGCAGAAAUCGGACCGUUGAAUAUGAAUAUGCAACCUAGAAAUCAUACUUGGGUUAAGGGUAACAAUUUGUUACUAAUAGAUCAUCCAGUAGGGACGGGCUUUAGUUAUGCUACAAAUAAAUCUCUGUACGUUCGAAACGAUAAAGGUGCCGCCAGAGAUCUUCUGAGAGCAAUAAAAGAAUUUUUUAGACGUCACAAGGAGUUUCGCAAGACGCCAACUUAUUUAAUCGGACAAAGUUAUGGAGGUAAACUGUGUCCGAGGUUGGGAUAUUAUUUGUAUACGGCUAUGAAGAAUAAACGUUUAAAGAUGAAUUUUAAAGGCAUCGGAAUUGGCAGUGGAUGGGUUGAUCCAAAACAAAGCUCUUUAGUGCAACCGGAAUUUUUAUAUAAUAUGGGUGUAAUCGACCUGUCAACUUUCGUGAAAUCAAAGAGGAUUGUAAAGCAAAUGUGUGAAUUAAUCGAGGCCAAAGAAUACGCGACUGCCGGAAGGUUUUCUACUAUACUGUUUAACAUGUUUAAUGUAGAAGCAGCAAUGGAUAUAAACUUUAAUAAUAUCAACCAAGAGAGCCCUUAUCCAGCCCUAUACCAAUUGGCGUUAAAAGUCAACAAAUACGUUAAACCAACUUUAAAAGAAGUGGAUCAGAAUUUAGACUGGAGUUUUAUCUCUGAUGAUGUCUUCGAAAGUUUAAGCGAAAGUUUCCUUGUACCUUCUAGCAAAUACUUAGAAACACUGUUAAAUCAUACGAAUCUUCGGAUAGCUGUUUAUAAUGGAAAUCUUGAUGUUGUUACACCUCUUGCUGGAGCAACGAAUUGGGUUCACGCAUUAAAAUGGCGCGGUUCAAAAGAACUAAUGAACGCUACGAGAAUUCCUAUUAAAGGACAUCGGAAUGGUUUUUAUAAAACUGCGAGACAACUAAGCCUUUGGUCUGUCUUUGGUUCCGGACAUUGGGUACCAGAAGAGAAUCCUGUGGCAAUGGAAGAAAUACUCAAAUAUUUGAUGUCCGCUGAAUACAGAUAA